CUGCAGCGAGCCGGUCCGGACCCAGCGGAGCCGCGCUCCUAUAUAAAGUUCUGUCGGCCCGCUCCGCAGCGCGGGUUCUGUCCGGGAAGAUGUCGGUGCAUCUCUACCAGAUGGGAGUGAAGGUUCUGGAGGAGACGGUGAACCAGAACCCGACCUCCGUGCUGCUGGCGGCCACCUUCGUGACCCUGACUGUGGCCUACGCCUCCAAGGUUCUGCUGAGGAACGGAGCGGAGCAGCCCGGGAAAUUCUGUGGUUCUCCUCAGAAUCGGGUUCUCCUCAGGUUCUCCUCAGGUUCUCCUCACUCCUCCGUCUCUGUGCUCCUGCAGAAGUUCCCUCCUCACAUCCCCUCCAGCAUCCCCUUCCUGGGUCACGCUGUGGCUUUUGGGAAAAGUCCCAUCGAGUUUCUGGAGAACGCCUACGACAAAUACGGCCCCGUGUUCAGCUUCACCAUGGUGGGGAAGACCUUCACCUACCUGCUGGGCAGCGACGCCGCCGCGCUCAUGUUCAACAGCAAGAACGAGGAGCUGAACGCCGAAGACGUCUACUCCAAGCUGACCACGCCCGUGUUUGGAAAAGGAGUGGCCUACGACGUCCCCAACCCGAUCUUCCUGGAACAGAAGAAAAUGUUCAAGACCGGGCUGAACGUGGCUCGCUUCCGGGAGCACGUGAGGCUGAUCGAGGCGGAGACGGUGGAGUACUUCAGGCGCUGGGGGGACGGCGGGGAGAGGAACCUGUUCGAGGCGCUGUCCGAGCUCAUCAUCCUCACCGCCAGCAGCUGCCUCCACGGGAAGGAGAUCCGCGGGAUGCUGGACGAGCGCGUGGCGCGCCUGUACGCCGACCUGGACGGAGGCUUCAGCCACGCCGCCUGGCUGCUGCCCAGCUGGCUGCCUCUGCCCAGCUUCAGGAGGAGAGACAGAGCUCACCGGGAGAUCAAGAGCAUCUUCUUCAAGGUGAUCCAGAAACGCCGGAGGUCUGGAGAGAGAGUCGACGACUUCCUGCAGACCCUCAUCGACGCCACAUACAAAGACGGCCGGCCCCUGGACGAUGAGGAGAUCGCUGGGAUGCUGAUCGGCCUCCUGCUGGCCGGGCAGCACACGUCCUCCACCACCAGCGCCUGGCUGGGCUUCUUCCUGGCCAAAGACGGAGCGCUGCAGGAGCGCUGCUACGCCGAGCAGAAGGCCGUCUGCGGGGAAGACCUGCCGCCGCUGGACCUGGACCAGCUGAAGGACCUCAGCCUUCUGGAGCGCUGCCUGAAGGAGACGCUGAGGCUCCGCCCCCCUAUCAUGACCAUGAUGAGAAUGGCUCGCACACCUCAGACGGCGGCGGGAUUCACCAUCCCCGUGGGACACCAGGUCUGCGUCUCGCCGACCGUCAACCACCGGCUGCGGGACGCCUGGGCCAAGAGGAUGGAGUUCGACCCCGACCGGUACCUCCAUGACAACCCCGCCGCCGGGGAGAAGUUUGCCUACGUGCCGUUCGGAGCUGGCCGCCAUCGCUGCAUCGGAGAGAACUUUGCCUACGUCCAGAUCAAAACCAUCUGGUCCACGUUGCUGCGGACGUACCGCUUCGAGCUGGUGGACGGGUACUUCCCCUCCAUCAACUACAGCACCAUGAUCCACACGCCGCACAACCCCGUCAUCAGAUACAGGCGCAGGACGCCGUGAGGACGGCCUGAGGGGGAGGAGCCUGGUCUGCCAGAAGCUCCUGCUGUGAACGGAGCUUCUGAUGACAAAGAGGAAUUCUGAACCUGCACUGAUGGUGGUUCUGGUUCAGAAGAUCCACGAAUGAAAAGAGACGUUUGAGAUGUUUGUGUCUGGAGAAAAUUAAAGGAAUUUUGAUAUUUAAGUGGA